AUGGAGUCCAUUGGCCGUUGCAUUACUCUCCUUGUGCUUCUCGGGGUGUUAUUCACAGGCCACUGUGAGGCCCAGUCACCAGGUUCAGCUACAGGUGAUGCAAGAUCGUUAGAUACUCUCCUUCAGGACUAUGCUUACCGUUCUCUUGUUCAUCCCCGCACUGGAUUUGUAUAUGAUGGCACUGUCCCUUCCAAUCUCACCGGCAUUAGGAUUGCAGCAAUAAGGCUUAGAAGUGGGAGCCUGAGAAAGAGAGGAGUUGAUAGCUACAAGGAAUUUGGCAUCCCAUCUGACAUUGUUGUUCAGCCUUAUGUAAAAAGGUUGGUUCUGGUUUACCAGAAUCUGGGCAACUGGUCUUCAUUCUACUACCCUCUUCCUGGUUAUACCUACUUGACUCCUGUGCUUGGUCUCCUUGCCUAUGAUGCCACAAAUCUCUCUGCUACCAACUUGCCUAAAUUAGAUUUUGCAGCUACAAACUUACCCGUAUCUAUUAAUUUCUCAAAUGUUGUUGUUCCUGUGCCUAGUGGUGCAAUUGCCAGAUGUGUGUGGUUUGGUCUAAAUGGCUCACCAGAUUUCAGAGAUUCGGAGUCAGGAAGUAUGUGCACCGUGUUCCGCCAAGGUCACUUCUCCAUUGUGGUCAAUUCUAGUGAGAUUGUUCUUCCUCCUGCACCAAGUGAAGGUCCAGGGCUCUCUCUAAAUCCUGUUGUUUCUAGGAGUAACAAGUCCAAGCUAUGGAAGAUAAUUGUCUCUGUGAUUGGAGGGAUUGCAUUGGUUCUCUUGGCUUUACUUACAUUUGUAAUGCUCAAGUAUACUCGAAACAAAAAGGUGGCAAAAAUGGAGCAGCAUGCAGAUGCAGGAGUAUCCUUGGAUACUGCUAGCGUUGGAAAUGCUCGGGUCCCUGUGGCUUCUGGUCUAAGGACACAACCGAUCCUUGAGAAUGAACUCGUCGCUUAA